AUGUCUAUUACUCAGAUUUUCAAUGUGUACGAUUCCCUACUGCGUGAAGCAUUUUCAAAUGCUGAAUCUUUGCCUGAACAUUGGGGUCUUCAAGCUGCAAGGGGGACGUCAUCGCAUGAUUUCACGGUUGUUCACCCUAAGGUUCGAUGGGAUUUAUCCUCAGCUUCAAAAUUAAAAGAUCCACAGCGGCAGCCGGACGAAGCUGUCACGUUAGUGAACAUUUUGCCAGGAUUUCGAAUUGUAGAAUUGACUAUGAUGGGAGCAGACUAUAAUACCAAACGAAAGGCAGUUUGGGGAAAGGUUACUGCACUGAUAAUUAACGUGGACAUGCUCUCUCCCGUUCAAACUUUUCACCAGGAACUCAAAAUUUUCCACGUUCCCAUCUAUGAUCGCUAUAAUAUAGUGCAUCGAUAUUCAAGCAUUAUGCAAAGACACAAGAGGCUCGGUUGCAAAUUUAACUUGCUGAAGUCCCAUAAAUCAGAGGCCGGCUACAUCAUUUGA